UACCUAACCUUACCAUAUUUGUGUUGAGAACUUAUUAGAUCUAAUCACUCCCAAAAUAGUAAACCAAGAACACCAAAAAACUGAACAUGUUUCCUUUCUCGAAGCAUCGGUCAAGGUCGGUCCACGGCGAUGAUGUGUUGUCCUCCACGCAACCAAUAGUGGCCGUCACCUCCAUCGUAGAAACCGGAGGCGCGUGUACGACACUCACAGUAUGGAGAAAAUCGCUCCUGGUUAGUUGUGAAGGUUUCACGGUGAUAGACUCUAAUGGAGAUUUGAUCUACCGGGUUGAUAACUAUGCCCGAACCCGACCCGAAGAACUUAUCCUCAUGGACAAAGAUGGUAACUCCGUCCUCCUCAUGCACCGUACCAAGAAAAUUACGCUAGCAGGUAGUUGGGGAAUAUAUGAAGCAAAGGAUACUAAUGGCGAAGCAAAAGUACCAAAGAGCCCAAUCUGGUACAUGAGGAAGAACUUGAAGAUGAAUAUUUUGAGCACCAAUUCCAACAUUUUGGCGUACGUAUAUUCAGCGCCGUUCGAUAAGAAGAAUUCUUACGUCAUCAAAGGAUCGUACAGAUGUAAAUCGUGUAAGAUAAUGCACGUCCCAUCAAACCGGACAGUGGUGGAGAUCAAAAGAAAAGAGGCCAGAACUAAAGGAGUCCGGUUUGGUUCAGAUGUUUUUGAUCUGGUUGUUAGUCCAGAUUUUGACACCGGUUUAGCGAUGGCUUUGGUUUUGUUAUUAGACCAAAUGUUCUCUAAAUAAAAGUCUCUUUAUUUUUUUCCUUCUCAUUUGUACAUCAGUACUAUUUCAAAUAAACAUGUUUACAAAAUACAUAUAUAAUAAAAAUUAACUACAAGGCUUAUUUAACUUU